GUUAUAGUUACACCCCAGACUAGUAUAGACAUAAAGGUAUAGUUACACCCCAGACUAGUAUACACAUAAAGGUAUAGUUACACCCCAGAUUAGUCCAGACAUAAAGUUAUAGUUACACCCCAGACUAGUAUACACAUAAAGGUAUAGUUACACCCCAGAUUAGUCCAGACAUAAAGUUAUAGUUACACCCCAGACUAGUAUACACAUAAAGGUAUAGUUACACCCCAGACUAGUAUAGACAUAAAGUUAUAGUUACACCCCAGACUAGUUUAGACACCCUCUACCUGAACCCUGAGUCUGAGCUUCUCCACUUUAUAGGUCAGCUGUCCCUUUUUCACAAUUUCCACUGAUCCCUGACCGGCAUUGUAAAGUCCUUUCCAAUGUAGGCCUAGACAAAUGAAUUUAAACUGUGGAAUGCUUCUUUCUUGGUCAUACUUUUUAUUCUAUAGCUAAAUCUACCUACUGUAGUUAUGCAGGUAAAUUUGGCUAAAGGCUCCAACCUCAUUAUUGGAUAUUUCACAUACUACACCCCUUUGCAAAACAAAACACAAUCUAGAUACAAACAAUCCAGUACUAUAGUGAGAGACACGACUGGACUUCCUUCAAGGGACAGAGAGAUCCUUCACCUCUCUGAUAGGAGUGUAUUUAUUUCUCAGGAUAUGAACCCUGACUUCACCGCACUGAAACAGGCUUUCUCUCAACCCGGAGAGGCCCUAAGCUAAAUGGCUCCUCACUAAUUGUGAAUUUCACCGUCACCCAUCUGUAAGUGCUGUUGUUGCCAGGCAGGAAUGGGUUUGCAUUACAGGUGUCCUGGCUCACCCUGCAAGUUCCUGCCGUCAUCAGUCCUGUCGACACCUGUGUUGGCAUGUGGGAUCCUCCUUGGUGAUGAUGUAGCACAGGAAACCUUCCCUUAUGCUCGAUGAAGGAAGUCCAGAUGACCCAGCGGCUCCUGAAAAUGGAAAAGGUUCCGGUCCAGAAAGCCUGCAAAGUCCGGAUGGUAUCACCGGCAGAGAAAUUCCACUCAGCCCCGCCAGUCUAGGCGACGUCAUGGUGACUGAUCCAACCAGGGAGGAUGACAUCAUGAACGUCCCGACAAGCCCUGAUGACAUCUUCACGGACAGUCCAGAGGUCAUCUACGAUGACGUGCCCUGUGAAAGCCUUCUCUCUCCUCUGGAAGAUGACAUCUAUGAGGACAUCCAGAGGCCUGAGAGCCAUCAUGGCACCCACAACGGCUGGAGUGACAGUGAGUUUGAGAGCUAUGACGAGCAGUCUGACAGUGAGACCAAAGUCCCCACUGUGGCCCGCAGCACUAAUAAGCUCUCUCAGGACGUGUGGCGACUGAAGGAACGAUGCGCCAAGACCAAGCAUGAGCUGGCCAUGCGCAGCAGUGACUUCAAGGUGCAGUUGCUGAUGAAAGCAGCGAGAGAUGGCACCAAGGACGGCCUGGAAAAGACAAAGUUAGCCAUGAUGCGUAAAGUCUCUUUCCUGCAGAAAAAAGAAACCACAGAGGAGAAUGAUGAUGACGCUGGUUAUCUGGAUGUGACGGUGUCUGAAGUGAAGCAUCCGCCACCCCAGCUAAGCCCCAUGCCAGAGGGCCUCAGCCCCCAACAGGUCAUUAGACGCCACAUCCUUGGUUCCAUCGUUCAGAGUGAAACAAGUUAUGUGGACUCUCUCAAGAGAAUCUUGGAGGAGUACCAGAAGCCCUUGCUGCAGCCAGAGGCUCGGAUCUUGAGUGAGAGGAAAGUCCGUCCCAUAUUUUACCGUCUGAGGGAGAUCUUGCAGUGCCAUUCCAUGUUCCAGAUCGCCAUGGCGUCCCGCGUAGCCGAGUGGGACGUCAGUGAGAAAAUCGGAGACCUCUUUGUGGCUUCGUUUUCCAAGUCCAUGGUACUAGAUGUUUACAGUGAGUAUGUGAACAACUUCACUAAUGCCAUGGAGCUCAUCAAGAAAGCCUGCAUUUCCAAGCCAGCUUUCCUUGAGUUUCUCAAGAAGAAGCAAGCAUCCAGUCCUGACAGAAUCACACUUUAUGGCCUUAUGGUUAAACCUAUCCAGCGCUUCCCUCAGUUUAUCCUGCUGCUACAGGACAUGCUGAAGAACACCCCCCGGGACCACCCUGACCGCCUGUCCCUGCAGUUGGCCCUCACCGAGCUGGAGACGUUAGCCGAGAGGCUGAACGAGCAGAAACGAGUCGCUGACCAGGUGGCUGAAAUUCAGCAGCUGGCGCGCAGCGUUGGUGACCGUCAACUGACCAAGCUAUUAAACUCGGAUCAGAGGCAGCUGAUACUGUGUGAGGUGCUGAUCGAGACGGUGUACGGGGAGAAAGGACAGGUCCUCAAGUCCAAGGAGCGUAAAGUCUUUCUCCUCAACGACACGCUAAUCUGUGCCAACAUCAACAUCAAGGGUCCCCCUGAUAUCAGCAGUCUUGUUCCCAUUGGCCCCAAAUACACAGUCAAGUGGAGUGCUCCCUUGCUGCAGACGCAGGUGGUGGAGGUGGGACAAGACAGCUUCCAAAACAAAGAUCCAGGGAAAAGGCCGAACGUUGCUAAGGUUUCAGGUAAAGUGUUCCUGGGCCCCCCCAGACUGUACCAGGAUCUAGAUGAGCUACAACAUGACCUGUCCGUGGUUGAACAGGUCACCCUCCUAGUGGGGACUUUACAAGGCACCUACCAGAACCUGAACACUGCCGUCGGGCAGGACUGGUGCCUGGCACUGCAGAGGCUCAUCCGCAUCAAAGAGGAAGAAAUCCAGUGUGCCAACAAGUGCCGCCUACGGCUGGCUGUGCCAGGCAAGCCUGACAAAUCUGGGCGGCCGGUCAAUUUCAUGGUGGUUUUCAACACCCCCAGUCCCCUUAGCAAGAUCUACUGGGUCAAUCGCCUACACCUGGCCAAGAUAGCACAGAGGGAAGAGAACUCGCCAGGCUGGGUGUGUGCUGAGGAUGAUGGGAAGACUAGACCUCCAUUCUGGUGUCCCCUGCUAGCCUGCCGAAUACCCAUCUUCUGCCCCAAAACACAAGACCUGAAGCUGGAGGCCGCCCUUCACAACCCGGUCCAGUGUUCCCUGCUGGGCUUCUCUGCAGCCAGCACCUCUCUACCGCAGGGCUAUCUCUGGGUGGCCAGUGGAGGUGACAGCAACCAAGGUCAGGUGGAGAUCUUCUCUCUGAACCGCUCCACGCCGCGCGCAGUCAAAUCCAUCCAGCUGGGGGCGCCUGUCCUGUGCCUGGACCACGUGACGGAGCCGUGUCCUAGGGAGGAGCAAGAGGAGGGGGAGGUGGCCGCCAAGAGCACAGCCAGGACUGGCAACACCAUCUGUGUCGGCCUCCAGGAUGGCUCGAUCCAUGUGUACGGUAGUGUGGACACCGCUGCCCAGGUCCUGCUGACCUUCUCCACACCAGACAGUUGUCCAGUUCUGUGCCUGAAACACUCUGACUCCUUCCUGUUCGCUGGGCUGGGCAAUGGAAAAGUUGCUGUUUAUGCUCGGAAGAGUGGAGAGGGGCUGUGGGACCCUGAGUCAUGCAGGCUAGUGACCGUGGGCAAUGGACCCAUCUGCACCCUCCUAACCCUGGAAAACGCUGUGUGGGCCAGUAUUGCCAACCAUGUCACUGUCAUUCAGGGAUCCAGCCUCCACACCCAGGGUUUUGAGGUGCACCCAGAGCCUGGAGUCAGUGUGACUCACAUGGUGCUCGCGGGGGGAGGAGUUUGGAUGGCCUUCUCCGAAGGCUCCUCCAUCCGUCUGUUCCACACGGAAACACUGGAACACCUGCAGGAAAUCAACAUCUCCACACGCUCCACCUUCCUCAACCCAGGUCACCAGGGCGUCGUCCGAGUCACCAGCCUACUCAUCUGCCAGGGCCUGCUGUGGGUCGGCACCGCCCAGGGUAUCGUAGUCACCCUGCCCGUGCCCAAAUUGGAGGGCAUCCCCAAAAUAACAGGUAAAGGGAUGACCUCUCUAAAUGCCCACUGUGGUCCAGUGGACUUCCUGGUGGCCACCUCCAGCACCUUGUCCCCAGACAUGCUGAAACGCGACUCGGUCUGUGACCCCACCGACCACGUCAAUGGGGAGGUAGGGGGAGGAGGAGAGAGUGGGGAGCGGAGGAAUGAAUGGUCCCGGGAGUCGCUCUCACAACCGGACUGCUCCUCACCCCAGGGGGAGCCCCCCAGGGCUAAGGGAGUGCUGCUCCAGUACCGCCUCCGUUCCACCAGCAAGCUGCCUGGCAAACUGCUGACGGCUGAACCCAACCAGAGCCCCUGCGGUGCACCGCUGGAGACCCCAGAGCACAGCCCAGAGGACGGCUCUAUAUACGAGCUGAGCGAAGACCCGGACGUGUGGGUGCGAGGGCAGCCCCCCACCAGGGAGGGCCGGGGGAAGGAUAAGGUGACCUCCGUAGCCGUGUUUUCCGGAGGCAGGGGGUUCCGAAGACUUGGGGAAGGGACCACAGCAGUCAAUGGGGACCCAAAUGAAAAUACGCUCAUGGUUUGGCAACUCCCGCUGACAGUGUGCCCAUAAGGGGGGAAAAAAGGCUGAUUAGACCGUGCAAGAGAUGGCUCUGCCUUCCUUUGACACUGUGAACCACCAGAUCCUCCUCUCCACCCUCUCAGGGCUAGGCGUCUCAGGCCCACCACCUCAAGCUCAACCUCAAAAAGAUGGAGCUGCUCUUCCUACGGGGGAAAGGUCUGCCACUCAAAGACCUCUCAUUGAAGUUGACAACUCCUCUGUGUCCCCUAUUGGAGUUUAAAGAAACUUGACGCGACACUAGACCACACCUUGUCGUUCUCUGCAGACAUCAAAGCAGUGACCUGCGGGGUCAGACUCUACAACACAUUUCAAGAGUACCGUUUUACCUCACAUAGGAAGCAGUACAGGUCCUAAUCCAGGCACUUGUCAUCUCACAUCUGAACUACUGCAACUCACUGUUGGAAUGGCUCCCUGCUUGUGCCACCAAAUCCCCUGUACCCAGAACACCGCAAGCCUUCUGGUGUUCAACCUUCCCAAGCUCUCCCCCACCUGGGAGGACUUGAUCUGUCCCCCGGGAGUACUUCAGAAGACUUAGGAGAUAAUAGGCUAACUGGUACAGUGCACUAGAGGUGGUUAUUUAGGGGAACUUGGUACAGGGCAACUUUUUGUAGGCGGUGCAUUAACAGAAAACGUUGGAAACCAUUGAACUACAAGACCAUGGGCUUGACCAGCGAGCAGCAAGGGGAACUGCCCCUCCCCACUUUUAGGCUAUGCUCUAACCCUACAUCCCUACAUAAGAACAAAUGCUAAGUGACUGAAAUGUAAAUACAUUCUAUAGGAAGAAAUGUAAAAAAUAUAUAUAUAUUUCCAGAUGAUAUAGUUGACCGUUUAAGGAAGGACUAUACACAUGGUACAUUCCUCUACCACCCUGUGGUUGCAUCUCUGGAUGGAGUUUUAGUCUGGAGUCUGCGUCUGACAUGUUUUAGACCCUGGGGUCACAUCUCAGUCCCAUUUGGGGGAACUCGAAACUCUUUACACGCACUCUUCCAACCAGAUGCUGCUUCAGUCUGGCAGAUCGAGACUAGGGGGUAUCAUCAAAUAUGAUUUGAGGAGGCUAACUGAACAUGCCUUUGCAUAUCUUUUGCACAUGCUUUGAAAAAUAUAUAAUUGACCAGUGAUUAAAAAGUGACAGUUAUGAACAUAAGAAUGAAUUUGCUUGUCACUCUAAUUGACUCAUUGCCAGUGUAUAAUGUGUGUCGCUAACACAGAACAUGACAGCUAAUGGUAUUGUAUGGGGCAUGGGUAUACAUUAAACCCUUUACAACCCUAUAAAGGUACUUUACAUAGUGUUAUCAGUGAACUUCAUGUGUCCUGUUUUUG